AUGCUUCACUGUUGUUCGCUCUGUGGUCUAAGACAUUUGAAGAUGCAGCCGCUGCUUCACGCAACUGCUUCAAACCACGGUGUGGACAACAGUGAAGCAUCUCCAACGGUUAGUCAGGUAGCCGCUUCUGUCAUCAGCGCAUCGAGUUUGAUUGGAGGUAAUCACGUCAUGUUGUCUACGGCUGUCGUUUACGUGUAUGAUAGGCAAGGUUUACUCACAUCAUGUCGAGCAUUACUAGAUUGCGGUUUGCAGGCAAACUUUAUAUCCAAAGGUCUCGCAAACAGCCUUGGCUUGNAGCCUAAGGCCNUGAACGUGUCUAUUUCUGGCAUAGGCGGNACUGCUUCAACCUCUACGCAAGUAGUGCAAGUUAAGACACAAUCUCGAUUAAGUUNGUAUGCAAACUCUAUCAAUUGCAUUGUUACAGAUCNUGUAACCGAAAAACUUCCAGCGUUCACUCUGAAGCGCAGAGCAUUAGACCUUUCACGUAAUCUCCGGCUAGCCGACCCUCAGUUUCAUAUCUUGUUUGAAGUAGACUUCCUGAUCGGGGCAGAGAUAUUUUGGGACCUGCUGUGCGUAGGGCAGAUCAGAUCUUCCAAGAAGCAUCCGACGUUGCAGAAAAUGCGGCUAGGAUGGGUUCUCGCAGGUCGAUUGUAUGACUCGACUCAAUCAUCAUCUAAAGUACAUUCGUUGCAUGCCGUCGUAACAAAUGUUCAGUUGCACAAGCAGCUGAGUCGCUUCUGGCAGCUAAACCAUAAUUUGGAACACAUAAACAAUUACACUCUCAAUGAAANNUUNUGCGAACAACAUUUUCUAAAGAACAUAACUCAAAAUCCACNGGGUAGAUUCAUAGUCAAGCUUCCUAUCAAGGAGCAGGUUCUACACAAGCUUGGAGACUCACGUGACACUACGCUAAAGCAGGCAUUAAGGAGCCUAGAAAGACGUUUUCAACGUGAUCCGAAUCUUAAGGAUCAAUACACACAAUUCAUUAAGGAGUACUCGUCAUUGGGUCAUAUGCGACUUCUCGAUUCACAACCCAUUGAUGACUCCAUUUCCUUCUAUUUACCGCACCACUGUGUACAAAACCACAAAUUAGUCACGCAAACUGCGCGUUGUGUUCGACGCGUCUUGUAA